UUAAUUAUUUGUUAUAUUUCUACAAAGCAACUCUUCGUGAUAUGUAAAAUAGUAAUCAUACAUUAUUAUUAUCUAAAAUAUAAACAAUUCGUUUUGAUAAAAAAAUUUCGUUCUAUCCGGGUUGUUUCAGCUAGUGUGGAAUAUUGUACGACUUGCACGUCUAUCAUACUAGUUAAGUAAAAAAAAAUUAUAUUAAAUAGACUUUAUGCGAUCAUGUUAUGUCCUACCAAUUUAGAUAAAACUCAUUCUCGGAAACCGUGUAACGUUUAACUGCGAGUUGCACUCGCUGAUUGUGCAGGGUUUUACAGAAGAUAAUAUAAUUCGAUUCGUCCAAAUCUGUGAAUCAGCAGAAAAUAGAAUAUCAAUUGAAAAUAAUAAAUUUAUUACAUUCUGCAAACAGAAAGGAGGAAUUGUUAUUUUUGACAGGGAACUUUGAUAAAAACAAUGUCUGCCAGCAAUGAUAGUACGAAUACCAACACCUGUGUCGUAUGUUACAAAAAUGUUGAUAUUUAUAGCAUUGGUAUGUGUGAACAUCCUGUGUGUUACGAAUGCAGUACUCGAAUGAGAGUACUUUGCUGUCAAAAUGAGUGUCCCAUUUGUCGUCAAGAUUUACCAAAAGUAGUAUUCACAAGAGAAAUAAAACCAUUUUCCAAUUUAAGAAAAGGCAAUUUGGUAGAUUCGCGAUACAAUAUCUAUUUUGACUCAUCUAAUAUUCAAAGUAAAUUUAAUGACCUAUUGGCUAACAAUUGCAACAUUUGUAAAGAAAAACCUGUGUUUAAUAAUUUCAAUAGUUUGAAAGAUCAUAUGAGACAUCGACAUGAGCUACACUACUGUGAUCUAUGUGUGGAUAAUUUAAAGAUAUUUUCCAAAGAGAGGCGUUGUUAUACAAGGCCUGAUCUUGCACAACAUAGAAGAAAAGGAGAUAUUGAUGACAAAAGCCACAAAGGACACCCAUUAUGUGAAUUUUGUGAUCAACGUUACAUGGAUAAUGAUGAGUUAUUUAGACACUUAAGACGUGAUCAUUUGUACUGUCACUUUUGUGAUACAGAUGGUUUGCAUCAGUAUUACAGCUCUUACGACUAUCUCAGAGAGCAUUUCAGGCAAGACCAUUACUUAUGUGAGGAAGGAAUGUGCUCUGAAGAAAAAUUUACAAGUGCAUUUCGAACUGAUAUAGAUCUUAAAGCGCAUAAAGCAAAUGUACAUAGUAAACAGUUGAGCAAAGCUGCUGCAAAGCAGGCAAGAACAUUGGAAUUAGAAUUUACUCUAGCUCCACGGGGUGAUAAUCGAAUGAAUAGAAGAGGAAUGGUAGGUCCUUCAACUUCCAGAAACUCGAGAGAUUAUAAUAGUAGAGAUUACAGUCUCAGAGAAUAUCAACAAACAGUAAUGCCAAACAGUUCAAAUGUUUUUGUAACAAACAACGAACCUACUUUUGUAAGGCAGCCAUCCGUAGAUGUGCAAAGUACUGAAGAAUUUCCAACACUAGGUAAUGCACCUACACCUAUUGUACCUACUGUAAAUCAAAGUAAAGGUAGAGGCAAUGUAACAAUUCGCAGCACUAUACGACCACAGCCUUUAGCUGUUACAGACGAAAAUUUCCCAGCACUGGGAUUAGAAUCUGCAAGUAUUUCGAAAACUGUUAACUUCAGUGUAUCCAGUAGUAAUGCUUUGGGACCGAACAAUCAAUCUCAAAAGGGUACAACUUCCAAUGUAUCUAUUCAUGUAAAUCACGAUGCCAAUGGAACUGUUACUACUAAAGUUUCGGGUCCUAAUAUUAGAAUCCGACCUGCAAAACUUUCAAUGGAGUCCGACUUCCCUGCAUUAGGUAAUGCAGAACCAUCAACUAGUAAUAGUAAUAGUAAUUCAGCUCAGUGGAAGGAAGUUUUGCAAUGGACAUGUUCUAAAUCAGCAUCAACAUCUGCUCCAAAACCUAAAAAAGUUGCGUCACCACCGUUGGUACCUUCCCCACCACCUAUUCAAUCUGGGGAAGACUUUCCUACGUUAUCAAAGUCAUCCAAAUCAAAGAAGCAGUCAACAAUUACUGUAGUACCUUCCUGGGGUCAACCGCAAAGUUCUAAUAAUAGUAAUAAUGUGAAAACAACUACUGAUUUAAUGAAAGGAAAAACAAAAAAGAAAAAGGUUAAACAAAAUCCUAGUACUAAUGGCAAUGAUACUGGUAAUUCGAAAACAAAUGUAAAUACCGUUGUUGUAAAAAAAGAGAGUGAAAUAGCUCAAACAUCUAAAAAUUCACAUAAUGUAAGUAAUGUAGAUGCUAUACAAUCAAGUUCCCAAUCUGCACAAAGUGCAGUUAAUGUGGCUAAUAGUGAAAACUCGUCAAAAAAUAUGAAUGUACAACAACCAAAAGAAAUAGAACAGACUAGCAAGAAAGAAAAGAAAAAGCAUAAAAAUUCGGAUAACCAGACGAUUGUAAAUACCAAUACUGAUAAUACCUCAAACGGAGUCCAGAGAAAGCGUACCGAAUUGAAAAUAGAUAGUUUAAAUUCUACUAACAGAAAUGUUCAUCAUUCAGACAAUUUUCCAGCUUUAGGCACCAGCAGUACUAAACCACCAGGCUUUACAAAUCCACCUCCUGGGUUUGGAACAACGACUCCACCACCUCCUGGUUUUUGUAUACAAUAUAAUAGCACGGAUAAAAUAAAUAGUAGCAAUGGAUUAACUUUCACAAAUAGUUCUGGAGAGAGUUAUUCUAUUUUACCAAACGAUAAUAAGCACAAUGAUGUGUACAGUUAUGUACGUGCUCCAGAUUUUCAAAAACGAAACAAAUGCCUUGUGGCGAAGGUCAAUGAAGUUUUAAUGCAACAAGAUGAAAUGCAACAGGAGUUCCGAUAUAUAAGUGGAUUAUUUCGCCAAGGAAUGUGCAAUGCAGAAGAUUAUUACAGUCACUGUCGCGCAGUAAUGGGUCAUUCCGCUUUCGAGAGUGUAUUCCCAGAACUUCUGGUCCUUCUACCUGAUAUUGUAAAGCAACAGGAACUAUACAAAGUCCACGAAAAGGAGAGUGGUAACAAGAUUAAAGGACUAGAAAUUUGUGCAACCUGUAAUCAAGUUUUGAAAAGUGGUUCUGAUUUUCGAACACACAUAACUAGUCAUACAUUAGAAAAUCAUUUUCCAGCACUUGGAAAAUCCAAUGUGCAACUUCAAAAGAAUUCUUGGGUACGUAAAUGAGUAUGUGUUCCUUUAGUUAACUUACAAUCUCUGCCAAGAUACUAUAAGAUGUGAAUAAAAAAACUAUGCUGAACGAA